UUUUCCACCGUACCGAGUAACUCAUAUGGCGAGCGUCUGCUCACGAGGGGCACCAGCGAUAAACCAGGUGACAAACAGCUUCGUGCCGGGGCUAAGGAAAGCGGACAAGAAAGGGCAGAAAUUGUGAAAUUCUUUGAAAGAAUGAGUUUCCAUUCCGUGGAGGGACUAUUACGAGAAAGUGGAGGCAGGAUUCCAUUUGGGAACUAUCAGCAGCAGAGUACGGAACUUCCAUCUCGCUCUGUGAAUCCAAUACGCGGGCAUUCCGUGAGAUCCUUAGCGACGACGUCACGAUCUAUUUGGAAAGAGGAAACCCGGAGGCGGAUGGUAUUCCGGUUCGUCAUCGAGCCCCUGGGUCAACCGGGGGCGGGGAGAGGGUGGGGUUGGUCCUGGUCGAAUUCCUCGACCGAGGAGAAACUCCUUGCGCGUUUCCAACGCGUUGGCCACGGGUCUGAAUUAAUCAGCAGCGACAACGUCUCGGAAAAAGACCGCUACGAGGCCCAUAAUGAAAUUGUCCCGGCAUACAAUGCCGACGGCUGCUCUAGAAGA